UUUCUGUUCGCGGCUUUUCGGGGAUAGGGGCGCUACGGCGGCUGCCGCAGCGGGGAAGCCAGGCGCGGCAGCACCAGGGCUGAGGGGGCAGAUAGGGUCGUUUGAGAGACCCAAGCGGCAAGAUCCUGGCGGAACCGGGGCCUGACCUGGGCCACCCUCCUCGCCGCGCGCUCCUUCCCCACGCCCCCUCUUGGGGCUGGAGCGGCUCCGCCCCCUGAGCUGAGGCUGGUCUCUCUUCAGGCACUGACCCUUGACCUCUGGGGGCUCCUGCUGCUUUUAGCGCAAUGGCUACGGGCGCCGAUGUGCGAGAUAUUCUAGAACUCGGGGGUCCAGAGGGAGAUGCAGCGUCCGGGACCAUCAGCAAGAAGGACAUUAUCAACCCGGACAAGAAAAAGUCCAAGAAGUCGUCUGAGACACUGACCUUCAAAAGACCAGAGGGCAUGCACCGGGAGGUCUAUGCACUGCUCUACUCUGACAAGAAGGAUGCACCCCCACUGCUACCCAGUGACACUGGGCAAGGCUACCGUACAGUGAAGGCCAAGUUGGGCUCCAAGAAGGUGCGGCCCUGGAAGUGGAUGCCCUUUACCAACCCGGCCCGCAAGGAUGGAGCUAUGUUCUUCCACUGGCGACGGGCAGCUGAGGAAGGCAAGGACUAUCCCUUCGCCAGGUUCAAUAAGACUGUGCAGGUGCCCGUGUAUUCAGAGCAGGAAUACCAGCUCUAUCUUCAUGAUGAUGCUUGGACUAAGGCAGAAACUGACCACCUCUUUGACCUCAGCCGCCGCUUUGACCUACGUUUUGUAGUUAUUCAUGACCGGUAUGACCACCACCAGUUUAAGAGGCGUUCUGUGGAGGACUUAAAGGAGCGGUACUACCAUAUCUGUGCCAAGCUUGCCAAUGUGCGGGCUGUGCCAGGCACGGACCUCAAGAUACCAGUGUUUGAUGCAGGCCAUGAGCGACGACGGAAGGAACAGCUGGAGCGUCUUUAUAACCGUACCCCAGAGCAGGUAGCGGAGGAGGAGUAUCUGCUGCAGGAGCUGCGAAAGAUCGAGGCCCGAAAGAAGGAACGGGAGAAGCGCAGCCAGGACCUACAGAAGCUGAUAACAGCUGCAGACACCACUGCAGAGCAGAGGCGCACAGAACGCAAGGCCCCCAAGAAGAAGCUACCCCAGAAAAAGGAGGCUGAGAAGCCGGCUGUUCCUGAGACUGCAGGCAUCAAGUUUCCAGAUUUCAAGUCUGCAGGUGUCACGCUGCGGAGCCAACGGAUGAAGCUGCCAAGCUCUGUGGGACAGAAGAAGAUCAAGGCCCUGGAACAGAUGCUGCUGGAGCUUGGUGUGGAGCUGAGCCCAACACCCACGGAGGAGCUGGUGCACAUGUUCAAUGAGCUUCGGAGUGACCUGGUGCUACUCUACGAGCUCAAGCAGGCCUGUGCUAAUUGCGAGUAUGAGCUGCAGAUGUUGCGGCACCGUCACGAAGCACUGGCCCGGGCCGGGGUGCUGGGCGGCCCUGCCACACCAGCAUCGGGCCUGGCCCCGGCCUCUGCUGAGCCAGUGAUACCUGAACCGGGUCUUGGCCCUGACCCCACCAAGGACACCAUCAUUGAUGUGGUGGGCGCACCGCUCACACCCAAUUCGAGAAAGCGACGGGAAUCGGCCUCCAGUUCCUCUUCUGUGAAGAAAGCCAAGAAGCCAUGAGAAGCCGCGUGGGGUGUGGGUGAUGCUGCUGUGUAAAUAGAGCUGCUGAGUUGGA